UAACAUGUUGAGUUGCAUAGAAGUAUGUACAAGCAACUCUGUUAGACUAUCCAUGAGUGUAAUUUGGGGUCAUUGGUCCUAAAUGACACAUCACCACAUCUGUUACCCAACAUUCCAGUAGAGGUAAUUAUGCACGAAGCAGCCUGAUCAAUCCCAUGAUUCUUAUGCUGUCCUUCUAGGAUUUUUGAAUAUGAUUGGUGGAAUUGUUCAUAGAGGAUUUCUGGUUAGGUUCUUUUUGUCACAUAAAAAAUUGUCAUGGAAAAUAAACCCUUGGUUUACCCAUGAGACUCUGGGGCAAAUUGCUGCGACCUGUGAUUUGAUUGGUCAGAAAUCAAAUCACACGAUCAUCAAUAGAAUGCUGGAAUCAUUCAUUGUCUACCUAAAGUACGCUCAUGUGGAACAUUAGCAAGGGAGAUCCAAAAACGUAAUUUUUAACGAUAUAAUAAAACAUAAUCAUAACAUAGAUUUAAUAAAACGUCUAAUUUACGGAUUUAUUAAAUUUAUAUCAUAAAAAAACAACAGCGCUCGACAAUCUGUUUGGAAAACAAAUUAUAAUUGGAGUUAUUUGAAAAUAAGAAAUUGUCAGUUACUGAGUAAAACAUGAAUGAAAUGUUAUUAGCAAGAUAGAAGCAAAUAAAAUAAAAAUGGACUCAUUGUUACUCAUGCUGAGUGCACUAGAAACAGCUUCAAAAUCUAAACUCACAUCUUGGCGGGACAAUAUAGAGGCUUAAUACUCUGAAUAUGUUAUGUUUACGUUGUAUGAGUGGAAGUGUCGUAUUGCGACAUGUAUAUAUAUGGGACCCCACUCAGAAUCUAAAUGCAGCUCAGCAUUUUUCUGAUGAUGGCGAUGAGUUGAAAUCUAAACAGGACUUACCAUCCGAUGACAUUUAUUCCCAGGAUGUUAUUUCCUCGAAAGGUAAGACUAGGCAUCACUCGGUAGUUGCUCCAAAAACCAACAAAGAUCAAGAAACAGCUAAUAGUGGAAGCAUAACCAAUGAACUGAGCACAAUCAGAGAGCAAAGCACAAUCAGAGAUCAAAGCACAAUCAAGGAGCAUAGCACAAUCAAUGAUACAAGCCUUACUGAAGAUUGUGUGCUAAAAUGUCAUACCACAAGGAAUCAAACAUCUUCUUUGAGGGAGAAAAAUACUGCGAAGUACCAGACUCAAAUCCAGGAAUAUAAGACAUUACCCAAUUUUGCUCAUGAACACAAGCUUAAAGAACCAAGAACAGAUAUUGAUAGUGCUGAAGAAAUCCCCACAAAUUCAGAAUUUCUGAGGAAUAACUGUGCAAAAAAAUUCUUAGAUCCUGACACACGUGAAACAUCUAAUAGAUUGUCACAGCAUCACAUUGACAAGUCAUGGAUUGUGCAUAAUCUUGACAUAACCUCACAAACUGAUGACAUCACAGCAAAAUCAGAUGACAUCACAUCUCAAAGUGAUGACAUCAGAGCAGAAUCUGAUGACAUCACAGCACAAUCUGAUGACAUUACAUCUCAAACUGAUGAUAUCACAGCACACUCUGAUGAUAAGACAUCACACAGUGAUGAUAUCACCACCAAGAGUGAUGACAUCAUUCAACAUGCCAACGAUGACUUAAGGUCAAUUACAGAUACUGAUAGGAGUUCCUCUACAGUACACCAGGUAUAUUUAGCGCAUAGCAGUUGGGUAGUCUAG